GACUCGGGGCUGAUAUCGCAGCCCUUUGGUACCAUCCAACACACGUGAGCCUUUGAACUCGACCUUACCCUGCUAAGCUCACACCCAUCCCUCGCGGGCUACCUGCAAUGUCGUCGAGGGCCACAUCGUCCUCUGCCUAUGCAGGCUCGGCCGCAGGAGCGCCAUCCACAUCAUCACUGCCUCCUGUGACGCCCCACAAGAAGUACAAACGCAAGAGCGUCGCGCCUCUCAGCACGAAACAGUUCGACCGCAUGACCAAACAGCUCCUCGCUGUGCAACAUACCACUAGAGGCGAGGAAGGAAGUCCAAUCGCCGAAGAGGGUGAGGAGCGUCCAACUGGAGCUGGAACUGCAGCUGCAGAUAUACUGGCGCGCUUGGAUCUGAAUGCCCAGCCAGACACCGACGCAGAGCGAGCGCUUGGGGACGGACCUCGGCGUACCGUCGUCUCCUCGAGCAGCAACCGCUUGGUCGACGGUCAGCUUCUCAAAGACAGUCAGCUCGUCACAACGACGGAGCAGACGACCCACUGGCUGAAGAAAGCAAAAGGAGUUGGGGUGGAGAGCGGACCAGGUGGACUCACGAAGAGGCCAGGACAAGGGCCUGAUGGCAUCCGACUUGCGAUGGCAGCUGCGAAGGGUCUGCAAGGGAAGAAGGAAGCACCCAACGACUCGUUUGCGCACGAGGGAUCCUUCCUCUUCAACCCGCUGGGCAGACGGGUACCUGCGCAAACGCCGCGCAAGGCUGCUGCCCGUCCAACCCCACCUCAAGCACUUUCGGGUGAGGUCGAAGGAAAGUCGGACGGAGUCAACGGCGAGGUAGUGGAGGAUGAUCCUGCAGCAGCAGAGACGAAGGCAGAGUUAGCUCAGAUGCCCAGAGAGGUGCAAGAAGCUGCCAUCAUCGAAGACCUCCUAUUCGUGCUCAUGGGCAUCGAGGGGCAGUACAUUUCCUAUGCGGCUGGAUAUGAUCCGGAGGACGUAGCUUGCCAACUGCGAGGCGCAACGUACACCGUAGACAGUUCCCUUGAUGCAUCGUUGAAGGACUUAGUGCUACGGAUACUGCCCUUGGCGACAUGCUAUUCGGCCAUCUCUACCUUUGUCGACAUGGACUCUAUGCUACACUUUGGUACAGUGACGCACGCUCUUUGCGCAGCGAUCCGAGACAUACUCAAGGAGUACGAGACUCUCGUCGUUCAACUCGAGCAGCAGCUUUCGACCUCGCCCUUCUUCACCUUGCAGAAAGUCUGGCUCUUCGUUCACCCUACGCUGCAUCGCCUCUCGCUGGUGUACGACUUGGUCUCUGAGCUUGCAGCUAUCACACACGCAGACGUCCUCGAGUCGGACUCGGAAGACGGCGAUUCUUCUGAUGAGGACAGCGAAGGUGAUGAGGCUCUGCGCGCAGCGACCGAGGAGAUGGAGCGAGAACGCAAAAGAAUCUUCCAGCUCGAUGGCGAUCAGGACUCUGGAGAGGAUGCCAUCGUCGGAGGCAUUGCCAAGGGUGGAGAGACAUUGAGCAUGCUUUGGGACAGGAUUGAGAAGCAAUCAGGAGACCCCCGAGCUCAUGAGCUUUUCUGCGACUUGUUCAAUAAAGCAGCCCAGCCAUACGCCAAGAUCCUGCUGGGCUGGAUUUCGACGGGCGUCUUGGUCGACUCCUACGACGAAUUUAUGGUAUUCGAGGAUCACAGAGUCACGUAUGACUCUCUCAAGACGGAUCCUUCAGAUAUCUACUGGGAGAAGCGAUAUACCCUGCGAGACCAGAAUAUACUUGCUGCCAGGGAGAUGGACAGGCAGAUGCUAGACGAAGAGGAAUAUCAAAGGAAGAUUGACGAGGACGAAGAAGCUCUCACGGGACGAGGCUUGUUUACUGGCGGUGCCAAGAUACCCAGUUUUUUGGAGGCGUGGAAGAGUAAGAUCUUGCUGGCCGGCAAAUAUCUGAACGUCGUUAGGGAAUGUGCAGUCUCUAAAAGUGGAGUGGCAGAGAUUGACCAAGGAGAUCUGGGCAUGACAGCAGCGGAGAAGGAGGGCUCGCUGAUCAUACUGACGGACCAUUCCUUCUUCCGACGCAUAGACGAUGCUUAUCAGAAAGCCAAUACCCAGCUCCUCCACCUCCUCGUUGACGAGUACAGCCUCGUGGAUCGACUGCGUUCUCUCAAGCACUAUUUCUUCUUCUCUUCCUCUGACUUCUUCUCUUCUUACGUGGAGCAGGCAGAAAGGGAACUGCGAAAGGUCGUCAAUCCAAUGCACGUCCGUGAUAGCGUCAAGAAUCGACUGCAGACCCAUCUUGGAAUGGUCCUUGGCAGCUCGACGGUAGUCGGAUUUUCAGAUCCUUACCGAGAGGACGUGACGGUAGGGACUGCGCUUGACAAUCCUUACGAGAGCUUGAAGAGGAUUGCCAAUACCCGAGGUGUGAAGGCUGAUGCGGCGGAGGCUAUCGCGCUCAAGGCGAAGAUGAAGGCCAGGGAAAGGGAUCACUCCGCCGUCUUACUUGAUUUACUGGAGUUUGACGUCACUGUCAAAUUCCCCGUCUCUCUCGUGAUAUCGCGGAAGAACAUGAUCCGCUGGAAGUUCGUGCACACCAUUCUCAUCCAGCUCAAAGUGACUGAGCGCCAGCUAGCCGAUGUAUGGCAAGAGCAGCAAAGCAAGCACUGGCAAACGCGUGUGACGGACCAUCCAGAGCUCGAGGGAUGGAAGAUGCGCGUGUUUAAGCUGCGCCAUCGAAUGAUCUUCUUUGUACAGAAUGUCCUGGCAUUCUAUACGACGGAGAUCAUUGAGCCGAAUUGGGCGCAGCUGGAGAAGAAGAUGGAGAGCGCAAGGACGGUGGAUCAAUUCUUGAAAGAUCAUACAGACUUCUUGAAUGAGUGUAGGAGGGAGUGCAUGCUGACCGAUGUCCGCUUUGUCGAGUUCCUCGGCCGCCUUAUGUCCUCCGCUCGGACAUUCUACGACAACCGCUCCCGUCUAGACGACCACGUCCUAAUGACCGGAUCGACCUGGUCUGCCGCCAAGAUGAAUGGCGAGGACAAGCCGGUGGAGCUGGGGGCGGAGAUGUGGCGGGCAUUGGAGAAGCAGGAGUCGAGGUGGAGUAAAGGACUAAAGGGCUUUAAUAGUACUGUGCAGCUACUAGCCACGACGGAUAACCCUGCGGCUCUUCCCCUCGCUCUCCGACUACAAUCGGCCUAGUGUAGAGCCAUGAGGGUUACCUGAUCCGAGGCUCACUCGCUGCUUCUGAGGAGUGCUGAAUGCUAUUCCGAUGCGUCACCUUUUGCCCUCUGUGUAACAAUACAAGUCUCGUCUAGUGAAUGAGAGAAUCCAGUUUUGCUGGCGCUACAGAGCCCGCUCGAUGACCUGCAUCACUUGUAUGAGCUCCUCCUGCGCAUGUCAUUGUGGGGUCAUGCAGUCAGCAGUCAGUCACGUCUCUACUUCUUCACCUCUCCAUCUCGAAAGCGCAGCUUCAAGGAUUACUUACCUCUUCAAAACGACUACCAACCAGCUGCAAGCCCACGGGCGCUCCCUCGUACACGUCUCUAUGGCGCACGUACUCCUCCUCAUUCUCGCGAUCCCAGUCGCCCGUGU